AUAGAAGAAGAAGUGGCAACACGAUGUGUGUUGUGGAUUAGUAGCGUUAAUUUAAGUUUAAAUGUUUUUGUGUGUUUAAUUUGUAUUAUUAUUAUCUUUAUUUAAACCGCGUUCAUUGUGGAUUCGUAGUAUUUUAAGAAGCCUGUUCUAAGACACAUGAAGAACAGAGGUGUUGGCUGGCUGGACACCCGGCUGAAGCACCGAGUGCAGCAGUAUCUGCAGAACAGCAAUGAUGAAUAUGUUGACAUUGCAGCCAUGGCACUGAGACUUCAAAAGCUCUACAGAUUGGACUAUGGCAGAAGAAGUAAGACAGCAUUCAGAAUUCAAGUAGACAAAGUGUACCAAGGAAUCAAGAAGGAGUGUGAGCUGAGUGAUCUGGAGAGCAAACACUUGGUGAAGAGAGCCAAGCAGAGCAACAACGACACAGAUGAUGGCAGCACCACCUCAGACGUGUCCGCUGACAGUGAAGAAGACGUUCCUGUGACCGCGGCCUCCAAACACAUGAACAGCUCUCUCACAUUUCUCUACCACAAAGGCAAGCCUGACAUCAGCACCUCCUCACCUGGAGGAGGUCGGCGUGGUACGAGUUCUCCAAAUUCAGCUGCACAGGUUUCCACGGGGGGCUGGUUUAUAGACAGAGGCCCUGACAAGAAGAUCCUCAUCGAUCUGUGUGGAGAAGAGCCCUCUGCUCCAACAGCAAAAGAGCAGAUGGAUGUUUUGAUGCCAGAAGAUGACAAAUCUCAGAAGAGACCCAAAAAAAGGACAAAGACUGGAACCACAGGGUCUCAAACGUCCAACAAGAAAGAAAAGUCGAGCUCCUCUGAGCUGGAGUAUCCCACACUGACGUUUGACGAUGUUGGAGGCAACGAAGAUGUUUUAAUUGAGAUGUGUAAACUGAUGGUGCACAUGCGCCACCCCGAGGUGUACCAGAAGCUAAGGAUGGUCCCUCCGAGAGGCUUUCUGCUGCAUGGACCACCUGGCUGUGGAAAGACUCUGUUGGCCCAGGCUGUGGCUGGGGAAUUGGAGCUGCCCAUGCUGAAGGUGUCUGCUCCGGAGCUGGUGUCUGGAGUCUCUGGGAGUCUGAGCAGGAAGCUGAGGGAGCUCUUCAGCCUGGCUGUGAGCUCCGCCCCCUGUAUCCUCUUCAUCGAUGAAAUUGAUGCCAUCACUCCGAAGAGAGAAGUGGCCUCUAAAGACAUGGAGAGGAGGAUUGUGGCUCAGCUUCUUACCUGCAUGGACGACCUGAACAGCCUGUCAGCUUCAGUUCAAGUUCUGGUCAUCGGUGCUACCAACAGGCCAGACUCCCUCGACCCCGCCCUGCGCAGAGCUGGCCGUUUUGACAGAGAGAUAUGCCUUGGUAUCCCAGAUGAAGCAGCACGUCUCAGGAUUCUGAAAACUUUGUGCCGAAACUUGGAACUGCCUCAGGACUUUGACUACCAUCAGUUGGCCCGGCUCACCCCGGGCUACGUGGGCGCAGACCUGAUGGCGCUGUGCCGUGAGGCUUCCAUGACUGCUGUAAACAGGAUUCUGCUAGAAACAGUAAAGUUGCCACAUCAAAAUAAUGGUCCAAAUAACAACCCUGCGAGUGCUGUCUCUGGUCCAGACGGCUGCAUAGAGGGAUCCAUUGUUAGCCACAACGCAGCCAACGCUGGGACGGGAAACACCGGUCCACCACCUCAGAAGGCAGAGGAGCUGUCCCACCUCCUGGAACUGCUGAAGAACACGGAGUCGCUGUCAGAGGAGAAGCUGGCCGGCCUGUCUGUCCUCCUGUCUGACUUCCAGGCGUCUCUGGCCAGCGUCCAGCCCUCAGCCAAGAGGGAAGGGUUUGCCACUGUGCCUGAUGUCACCUGGGAUGAUGUGGGAGCGCUACAGGACAUCCGAGAGGAACUCACCAUGGCCAUUCUGGCCCCAGUGCGUUCUCCAGAACACUUCAAAGCCUUGGGACUGACUGCACCAGCUGGAGUGCUCCUCGCUGGACCACCAGGAUGUGGGAAAACCCUGCUGGCCAAGGCCGUGGCUAAUGAGUCCGGGCUGAACUUCAUCUCUGUCAAAGGUCCAGAGUUACUCAACAUGUAUGUGGGUGAGAGUGAGCGCGCUGUGAGACAGGUGUUCCAGAGAGGACGCAGCUCUGCUCCGUGUGUCAUCUUCUUUGAUGAGAUCGACGCUCUGUGUCCUGUCCGCUCGGCGUCCGAGUCGGGGGCCAGUGUGCGAGUGGUCAACCAGCUCCUCACAGAAAUGGAUGGCUUAGAGAGUCGGCGGCAGGUUUUCAUCAUGGCUGCCACCAACAGACCAGAUAUCAUUGACCCUGCAGUGCUGAGGCCUGGCCGCUUAGAUAAGACUCUGUACGUGGGCCUGCCUCCUCCAGAAGACCGCCACGCCAUCCUGACCACCAUCACCAAGGAUGGCACCAAACCUCGUCUGGACCCAGGUGUGUGUCUGCAAGCACUCGCCUACAACGAGCGCUGCGACUGCUUCACUGGAGCGGACCUGUCAGCUUUGGUGAGAGAAGCCUCCAUUAACGCUCUGAGGGACCAUCUGAAGAUCCAGGAUUCCUCCUCUUCCCGUCACACGUCCUCCAGCGUCGUUGACAUCAGAGUGACCAAGCAGAACUUCGAGGAUGCCUUCAAGAAAGUUCGUCCGUCUGUGUCGCAGAAGGAUCGGAGGAUGUACGAGCAGCUCAGAGAGUCCCUGAAGGCCUGAGACCAGAUCCCUGCAGCUCAGAGGGUCCCCUGAAGCCCUGAGACCAGAUCUCUGCAGCUCAGAGGGUCCCCUGAAGCCCUGAGACCAGAUCCCUGCAGCUCAGAGGGUCCCCUGAAGCCCUGAGACCAGAUCCCUGCAGCCCAGAGGGUCCCCUGAAGCCCUGACACCAGAUCUCUGCAGCUCAGAGGGUCCCCUGAAGCCCUGAGACCAGAUCUCUGCAGCUCAGAGGGUCCCCUGAAGCCCUGAGACCAGAGCCCAGGAGCUCAGAGGGUCUCCUGAAGCCCUGAGACCAGGACCCAGCAGCUCAGAGGGUCCCUGAAGCCCUGAGUCCAGGUCCUGGCAUCUGGUACUGACUGGUUCAUCAUUUGAGCUGCUAUAAAGGAGGACGUGUCAUAUUUUGGUUUUUCACCUCAAACUGUGUCUUCACUCAGUUAUGGACACUUAAGAAAGACCACAAACUCUUCUGAUCCUAUAAACUAUUUGUGCAACAUUUGUUGCCGUCACGAUUUGCAGUUUGUUUUUUGUUUUUAAUUCCGUUGUCAGUAAAACUUCUAAUCUCUGGGUCUUUGUUUUCUCUUGUGUGAUUUCAGAUGUUCACUUCCUGAUAAACGUUACCUGCUGUCCUGAACGUUUUCUUUCUGAUGAAGCUUUGGCUUGUUUGGUGACGACACGUGUUUUGUGUUCAGCGGGAAGGCUCCCUCGUCCUUAAACAUGCUAUGCUAAUCCGCUGCUAACCUCAUGUGCUCACUGAACCGUUUCUGGAGGAGUUGAGGAACUGUUUGUAUGAUCCCCGUACUUAAUUGGAUGGAACCACAGCUUUUGGAUGUUACUGAAAUCACAGGAUGUCACUGUUGGACACUGAGAAGUCCAUCAUCACGUGUGAUGCGACCACGCGGUGCAGAGCGCAAGAGAACGCAUCACGCAGGGUUCCUGCAGGCCCUUUAAACACGUUGA